CCGUUAUCCCUCUGCCAUCCCUUAUUCUUUUUUCCUUAUCUCUUAUCCAUCCUUUUAUCCCUUCAUCGCAGAAGCAAAUUCUACCUUUCAUCUAUAGGACAGCCAUCCACAACACCACGAUGAUGGCCCGUCCACUCAUCACCACGUUCUUCUCCGCACUCGUCCUCCUAACCCACCUCCUCCACGUCAGUGCCAGCCCUCUAUCCGAACAAGCUCCUCUCACCGACACCGACACCACCACCUACGACACACACUACAACCUCGACACCGACACCCUCACCCUCACCACCAACACUGCCCCCCCAUCCUGGUUCACCUCAACCCUCCUCGCCCGGCGCCUCCUCGCCCUCUCCCGCACCGGCACCGCCUCAACCAUCUUCCCCUCCCCCCUCCCCCCAAACUCGCACACCCCGCCCUCCCUAGCCGGCCACUCCACAACCCAAACCGAAUACCUCGCCGACUGCGACCCCCACCUCCCGGCCAACGACACCUCCUCCGAAUCCCCCAGGGGACUCGGCAACCCGACCUUCCUCGCCCUGCACGUAGCCACCACCUUCCGCAACACCGCCGCGGGGUCCAACAUCUCCCUCUCCCUCGACUGGUGGGACCACGUCAACGACACGUCCCCGCUCUGGCCGGGCUUCCCCCUCAGCGAGGCCGGAUUACCCCGCGUCACGCUGUUCGGGUACGUCGAGCCGUUUGAGACGCCUGUGCCGGAGGCUGUGGAGGCCGCGCUGCGGAAGUGUUUCCUUGAGAAACAUCCUGAUGCGGAGGCGUGGUUGCCUGGGAGAAAGGGCGCCCCGCAUAGAGGAGUAAGCUGUUAGUAGUUAGCUGUUAGCUGUAUAGGAGGGGAGGGUGGUCAUGGUGAUCGGAUGAAUGACGAUGGUUGAUAAGGACUAUAUGGAGAUGAUGAUAUGAGAUACGAGAAAGGAGUGAAGAUGACGA